AUGUCAGACAACAACAGCACAUCCUCCCUAACUACGCUCUCAUACAACGAGACUUUUUCGUUCAACCCAUACAUUAUGCCUUGGUACAUUGAAGUGUUGUACGGUUUUUUCUUUCUCUUGAUGGUUCUGGUGGCCGCCGGUGGCAACUUCAUCGUCAUCUGGAUCGUGGUCGGCCACAAACGCAUGCGGACCGUCACCAACUACUUCCUGGUCAACCUGGCCAUCUCAGACGCUCUCAUCACCAUCUUCAACACCAUGUUCAACUUCAUCUACAUGGCCCGCAGCCACUGGCCGUUUGGAAGCUACUACUGCAAGUUCACGCACUUCAUCGUCCCAUGCACCAUCUCCUCCAGUGUCUUCACCUUCAUCGCCAUUGCUUUCGACAGGUACAUGGUCAUAGUGUACCCGUUGAAACCUCGUCUCAGUGCUCGCAAAGUCCUAGCGGUCAUCUUCGCCAUCUGGGUCAUCUCGAUCAGCAUCGCCGUACCAAACAUCGUCUUCGCCAGGAUCUACGUACACACGAACGAGAACAGAACCGUCUGCUAUCUCAACUUUCCAAAUGAAACUGAAUUGAAGAACGUCGAGUUCAGCUACAAUCUGUUCUUCUUCCUCUUCACGUACAUCGUACCCUGCAUCGUUCUGCUUUUCACGUACGUGAGGAUUGCCAUCGAGUUGGGAGGGAGCAAGAUGAUAGGGGAGGUGAACGCCAGACACCAGGAGACCAUCAAGUCCAAGAAGAAAAUUGUAAAGAUGUUGGCUGUUGUGGUGACCAUAUUUGCCGUAUGCUGGUUGCCACAAAAUGUUGUCCUGCUAAUCCAUCUGGAGCCAGAGGUUACCAUGAUGCCCUGGUUCCACCACUUCUACCUCAUCAUCUAUUGGAUUGCAAUGAGCAACUCCAUGUACAACCCCAUCAUCUAUUGCUGGAUGAACGCCAAAUUUCGAAGCGGCUUCAAGUACGUUCUCCGCUGGAUGCCGUGUGUAAAGUGGCAGCCA